AUAAAUAUUGCGGAAUGUAAACUAUCUUUCCCGUAAAUUCAAGAUUUUCUUCGCACCCUAUUCUCUGAUUACGACCUAAAUAUAACAAUAGGGAGAAUUCAAGUCAAACUUUCAGACUUCCUAGCUAUGAGGGUUUUUCCUGCAAUGAAUUUUGUGUAAAAGCAGGUUUUCUGUUCAUUCAUGACGUCACAAUAUUCCAGAGCUGUCAAUUUAAUCCAAGUUUUCCCGCCGUGAAAACCUCGCACUCUUUGGAUGGCUUUCCUUGGCGCUGCCUGGAUUUCAGGAUUCUAUCUCACGAGUCUGUCCCGGCGUAGCCUUACGAAGUAUUUGCAUCGACCGGUAGCACAUACGAUUUCUACCCAAACACGUCGUGUUGAAUCGAACACGAGUAAUGUCAGAAUUAAGAAUGUUUCUAUCAAGCCUCCAAACAUUUUGGUCUACACUGGUACAAAGGAUAGCAAUGGACUUAAAUUUCACAUGAUCAGAGACAAUUUACAGGAUACUUUAAAUCGAGACAGCUAUGUGAUAUAUAAACUAGAAGAUAAUCAUAUUGAAGAACAACCUUGGUCAGAGAACUCUGAACUUCUUGUUAUUGAUUCACACGAAGAGAUGAGGACACCAGUUUUUCAAGCUAUUUAUCAGUAUUUGAUGAACGGCGGAAAGGUGCUUAGUCUGUCUAUGACACCUCAGCUUUGUAGCGCGAUUGCAGGGUUGACGUUAAAGCCACACCCAGAGCAUAGCCAUGUGUGGCGUAUCAAAGUGGGGACUAGCGGCAUGUCAUCAGAUGACAGUGUAGAAAUGCAAUGUGAACCUUUUUAUUUUGAAGUUUCAAAGCAUACCAGCAUUGACUCAGUGGCCAUUGAUCCUCAUUCUGGUCACCCUGUGCUUGUGAAGUCCUGUGAGGGUCUAGGGAUAGCUGUACUGAGCGUGCUUCAUCUGUUGCCUGGUUACCUGUCUCCGCAGCAUCCACCCAAAAAUCAACUGUUUAUUUCUGUUCUGAAAAAAUUGGGGAUGAAAUGCCAACACCAGGAACCACCAAAACUAACACCAGCUUUCAUGUUCACAGAAGAAAAGAACAGGACUAUGCUGAUGCAAUCUCUAAAGCCUAAGCUAAAAGAUGGUCUUUGUAGAGGGCAGGAUAUCUCUCUUUUAUUUUGCCCAAGCAGCGAUGACAGUGAUUUCAACAUACCACCUACCACAGCUGACACCCUCCCUGUUGUCAUAUCAAAAGAUGGAGAUGGGUGUAGCUUUGACUGGGAGACCUAUCGAAGACACCUCAAAACGCGCAUCCUUGGUCAGAUAGUUAUAUACACCGAUGUGGUUCAGUCUACUCAUUCAAUAUUUGAGGGCAAUCAAAGCUUUAUUCACUCAAUCCCAGAUGAGGCUGGUGUAAUAGUUGUUGCUAAGCAGCAGAUAAGUGGGAAAGGGCGUGGUGGGAAUGCUUGGUUGUCUCCAGUUGGCUGUAUGAUGUUCUCAUUGGAAGUUAAAAUCCGUUUUAGCACGGAGCUUGGCUCACGUCUCCCAUUCCUGCAGCACAUUGCAUCCUUGUCUUUUGUGGAGGCUGUCAGAACAAUUCCUGGCUAUGAGGAAAUCAAUGUACGACUCAAAUGGCCUAAUGACAUUUACUACGGCAAGGAGUCAAAGUUAGGUGGGGUACUGGUGACAUCAUCUAUUACUGGAAACACUCUUCAUGCCGUUGUUGGGAUGGGUAUCAAUAUUUCAAACAGCGAACCAACUACUUGCAUCAAUGAUAUAAUCAGAGAAUACAAUACCAGUCACAACACCAUCUUGUCACCAAUCUGCCUGGAAAUGGUGUUGGCCAGGACAGUGAACUGUAUGGCGAAGCUGAUCAGUGAGUUCCAGGAACAUGGAAAAGGUCCCUUCCUGGAAAAGUAUUACAAGAGAUGGCUUCACAGUGGAUCAAAAGUGAGUAUCAAUUUUGGAAAGCCUGAGAGUGGUACCAUCAUCGGACUGGAUGAGUUUGGGUUCCUCUCAGUGGAGAAGGACUCAGGGGAGGUGUGCUCUGUGCAGCCAGACGGAAACACUUUUGACAUGUUGAAAAAUCUGAUUCAAGUCAAGGGAUGAACUCAUAUUCAAGAAUAUGGAAUACAUAUUAUGUCCUAAGAUUGCGUUGGGAAAACUCAUUAUUUAUUCAGGAUCUGGGCAUAGAUGAUCCUUAACUGAUUAAAUCAAUCAUUUGUUUUGCA